AUGGUCGCGAACGUCGUCGUCACGCAGCAAGUUUACGUUGCGUCCAACAUCACCAUCAUCACUCCUCCCUCGCGCGGGCGGGGGUCGCGGCCGGGGGCGAUGCGCGCGCGUCCUUCGCCGGACGAUGACGACGACGACGACGCGUCCUUCUCCGCGCGCGACGCGCACCCGGACGCGCCGCCGGACCUCAUCGCGCGCGCGGACGCGUUCGCGCGCGCGAUGGUGGACGCCGCGCGUCGCGACGCCGACGAGACCGUCGCGCUCGCGUUCGACGACGACGACGACGGAUCCAUCUCUAAUGACGCGCUCUUCGUCGCGGACGAACAGGACGCGGCGUCAUCGGACGCGUACUGGGGUGGGUCGCGCGAGGCGCGCGUCGCGCGCCUCGAGGAAGAGCUUCGCGCGUACGCCGCGGAGAACGCGCGCGGGGUGACCGCGUACGGACGCGACCUGCGCGUGGAUCUGAACGCGGCGAGGAGAGAAGCGGCGGUGCGUCGCGUCGCGGAGCGACGCGCGCGGCUGGAGGCUCGAGCGUCGUCGAUGACGUCGUCGUCCGUGCGCACGACGACGACGACGACGAUGCCGCCGGGAUCGCCGCGCGCGAAAGAAGUCGCGGAGCUGUUCGCGCCGCUGUCGCUGCCGUCGUCGCCGGUUCGCGCGAUCGCGCGCGGCGACGACGACGACGACGACCCGUCGCCGGCGAAGCGUUCGAAUCGUCCGUCGCCUCGGCGUCGUCCGAAAGGCGGAGGAAAGAGCCCAGGCGUGCUGAACAUGAUCGCGCGUCUGGAGCGCACGCUGUCGACGGACUACUCCGGCGAGCUGCGCGUGGAGCGCGGACGACGCGUCGGCGGACGAAGUCCUUAAGGAACGGCGUUCACCACGCGAACGCGGUCGUAUGGGAACCAGUCACGACGUCUCUUCGCUCGCCGCCGCCGCCGCCGCCGCCGCCGCCGCCGCGCCGAGCGCCCUGGACGCGUUGGACGGGUACUUCGCCGCCGCGGAGGACGCGUCGAAGCGCGCGAGGGAAGCGCACGCGAGGGUGGACGCGCUCACGGCGAAGAUACGCGCGCCGUCGUCCACGUGGAGGUCGGCUAUUGGUCCGACGCCGCGGCGGCGGUCGCCGGCGUCGUCCGCCCCCGAGACGACGCCGGGUUCGAAUCGAUCGACGCGGUCCGACGACGCCUCUUCGUCCGACGCUUCAUCGCCCGCGAUCAAAUUCCCGCCGCUGCCGCCGCACCGGUUCAGCGUCCAGUCCGGAACGAAGGCGCUCCGCGUCGCCGUGCGCGCGCCGUCGAUCGCGGACGUCAUGACCGCCGCGAGCGCGGAGUCGACGCGAAACGCGACGGCGCGCAGAGUGCGAGCGGUUGAGGCUUUCGUCGCGAACGCGCGAGCGGAGAGCAAGACGAGACGCGC